ACCCUCCAACUACAUCGCCAAUAUACACACACAACAUGUCCUUUGUACCUAGGACGAUGUUUCCCAAGUACAAUAUAUCCUUGUCCAACUUCAAAGGACACCAUCAGAAAGCACUCACAAAGUUUGGCCACCUUGCACCAAUGAUAGAUUUAGUGGUUGAAGUUCGUGAUGGUCGUGCUCCACUUGCCACUUCUAAUGUCUUAUUUGAUAGAGUAUUAUCAGGUAAGAAGAAGCUUGUCUUGUAUAGUAAAAAGGAUUUGUCAAUCAUCAACACCAAAUUACUAGACAAGUGGCAUUCCUCCAGUAACGAAGAUUACAUGUAUGUUAACUGUAACAACAAUACUGAUGUCAAGAAGAUCAUUAACAAAAUCAAACAGGAAUACCAUGAUUAUGACCUUCCACCUCCAUUGGGACUAAGAGCAAUGAUUAUUGGUAUGCCCAAUGUUGGUAAAUCCACAUUAGUCAACAAAUUAAGAGAAGUUGGUAAUCCAGUUAACAAAAAUGCAAUUUCACAAAAACAAACAAAAGUGGCCAAAGUAGGAGGCCAACCAGGUGUAACUAGAAACACCAGUGAAGUUAUCAGAAUAUGUAAGAAUCCCGAUCUUUUUGUAUAUGAUACUCCCGGAGUAUUUUUGCCGACCGUGAAAGACCCAGAAACUAUGUUAACUCUUGGUUUGGUUGGUUGUGUUCACGAAUCGUUUAUUGAUCCAAUUAUUCUUGCCGAUUAUUUAUUGUAUUUAUUGAACUUACAAGAUCCAAGAGGUGUAUUAUAUGCUGAUUUUAUGGAUCAUCCCACCAAUGAUAUCUACGAACUAUUACAUUACAUAGCUAAAGCUCGUGGGGUAUUGCAAUCAGAUGGGGCAUACGAUGAAGUAGGAAUUGCUAAUUUCUGGGUAAACAUGUGGAAACAGGGGCGUAACUUCGACGGAAGAGCAUUAUUUGACAUUGCUGCAAUUAAAGAAGUUAACAACAAUGAAUACAUGACACUUAGAAAACAAGAAAUGGAACGAGUUAGUUCAACUAAAGUACAUGAAAAAAUUGUGGAAAAGCUAGGUCAAGAUGGAACUGCUAAGUCUAAACAUAGGAAAAGAUCUGCCAAAGACAGAGAGUAUGAUAUCAGAAAUCGUCUUUUCAAGCUUUAGCUGGCUAAUAGGUCAUCAAUAUCGAAAUAUUCAUCAAAAUUAGCGUCAUUCUUUGGAUCUUGACCAUAAAUUGAGUCGUACUUCCUACCAGCUUUACGGUUAGAUUCCUUUCUUUGAGUGAUAUAUUCCACAUCGAGUUCUUUUCUUAAUUUCUCAGUUAUAGAGUUUUCUUUGGUUUCUUCUCCUGUAUAUAUUAAUGAAGAAUCAAGAACAUUUUGGGUAGUAAAUAAUACAGUCAGUUCAUCUUUUGAAAGGUAAUUUUCAACAAACUUUUCCUCAUUCAAGAAAUUAAAUAAGGACUUUGUCAGUAAUGAUUUCAGAAUAAUCUUCAGUAAGUAAUGGUUAAAUUUUCUCCCACCUGGGUUAGAAGACAUUAAAAGUUCACUUAAUCCAGUACCAUCAGUCACUGGAGUUCCAAUAGACUCAGAUCUAAGUAGACCGACUUUUCUGUUAUCUAGUGUGUCCUUGAGAAUCUUCUCAUCUUUGAGUUUUUUGGAUUUAAUAAGUUGUUCCAUAAGAUUAUCUGCUGCAACACGGUCUAUUUUUUUACUGGUUUCAUUGUUAUCCAGUUGCAUAUUCUCAUUGGGUUUGGUUAACAGUGGAAAUCUCCCAAUUUUUUCAUCCUCUUUCAUAGCAAUUCGUAUUAAUAACAACACACGUGCUGAACUUCCAUCUAAUUUAACUUUCAGAGGAUAGGCUGCACAAAGUUUGACUUCAGAGUCUUUGUAUUGCGUAUACCUUACAAUAGCAAUUGAUUCCAACUCCAAUAAAGCUUGAACAAGACAGUCAAAGGACAGCUUGUUCUUACCUCCCAUGUGCAGACUUGGCAAAACAAACAAAGAUUCAUCAGUAUGAUAUGCCACAGGAAACUUUUCCUUCUUGAUAAAUCCUAGAAUAUCUAUCGAAGGUUUUGAAAUUAAUGUUGCAACCUCUUGUAAAUCUGAAUUUACAGCUAGGAUAUCUCUAGGUGAGAACUUAAACCCAGGAGUACAGUCAAAGCUAGAAACAGGAAUUGUUUCCUCCUCCUUGAUUAAAUCAUCCACCUCAUCAGAUUCGUCGUUUUGAAAUUCGUUCGUAUCACUAGUUUUCUUGAUGUAGUACGUAGUUGAUCUCUUGACUUGUGUCAAGGUUUCAUUUUCUCUAUCCAUAUAAUAUUCAUGCCCAUGAGCAAAUUUGUCAAGUUUAAUUGCCGGGUAAACUUGAAUUUCCAUGGACACAGCCCCAGAAUCAUCCAAAUCUAGUUUCC